AUGGAGUUCAACAAGCAGCAAGAACUUGUAACCGAGUCGUCUAUGGAAAAAACGGAUCCUCUCUGCGUUUCUCAAUUGAAAAUAUCAUCUUCUUCUCCUCCUCCUCCUUCUCUCGAGUCUCCAGGUUCGCCAUUGCCACAGGCGAAGAUGUCAGGGGAUUUGCUAAAGAGCCAUAGGCAUUCCGUUUGUGCAAGUGACGACCUUUCCUCAAAAGGUACAGCCUUUUUUGCCAAUUCUAUUGGUAUACUUUAUGUUUCUUCUGAGAUGGUUUUAGAUAAAUUUCUUAUUGAUGCAGUGGAAGGGAGUGAAGAAACUUGGGAUGACCCCACUGACCCAAAUUAUGACACCAUUGAGGGGAAUGGACAUUCAGAUUCAGCGAGCGUCGAUGCAGAUUUAAUCGAGUACAAAAAACGGGCCACGAUCAUUGUGGAGGAGUACUUUAGCACCAACGAUGUUGUAUCCGUUGCUAACGAGCUAAAGGAGCUUGGAAUGGCUGAGUACCGUUACUAUUUCGUCAAGAAGCUAGUCUCCAUGGCCAUGGACAGACACGACAAGGAGAAAGAAAUGGCCGCUUUUCUGCUGUCCACGCUUUACGCCGAUGUCAUUGACCCUCCCGAAGUUUACAGAGGCUUCAACAAGCUGGUGGCCUCUGCCGAUGAUCUGUCCGUGGACAUUCCGGACGCGGUCGACGUUCUCGCCGUGUUUGUGGCUCGAGCCAUCGUCGACGACAUUCUCCCUCCGGCGUUUCUGAAGAAACAGAUGAACUUGCUUCCAGGGGACUCGAAAGGCGUGGAGGUGUUGAGAAAGGCUGAGAAGAGCUAUCUAGCGACUCCGCUUCACGCGGAGGUCGUUGAGAAGAGGUGGGGAGGGACUGAUAACUGGACAGCCGAGGAUGUGAAGGCGAGGAUCAACGAGUUGCUGAAAGAGUAUGUCAUGAGCGGAGACAAGAAGGAGGCCUUUAGGUGCAUCAAGGGGCUGAAAGUUCCCUACUUUCACCACGAGAUUGUCAAGCGGGCGCUGAUCAUGGCGAUGGAGAGGCAGAAGGCGCAAGUGAGGCUGCUGGAUUUGUUGAAAGAAGCGAUUGAGGUUGGUCUCAUAAACUCCACUCAGGUGUCAAAAGGGUUUAGCAGGAUCAUCGACUCGAUUGAGGAUCUGUCUCUCGACAUUCCGGACGCACGCCGUACGUUGCAGUCUUUCAUCUCGAAAGCGGCUUCUGAAGGAUGGCUUUGCGCCUCUUCUCUGAAGUCGCUCUCCGCCGCUGAUCCAGGGGAGAAGUUGCUCGAGAACUCCAGCGCCGGUGUGUUUAAAGACAAGGCUAAGUCGAUCGUCCGAGAGUAUUUCCUCUCAGGGGACACUUCGGAGGUCGUGCAUUGUCUAGAGACCGAGCCGAGUGCGUCGUCGAGCCAGCUUCGUGCAAUCUUUGUCAAGUAUCUGAUAACUCUAGCGAUGGAUAGGAAGAAGAGGGAGAGGGAGAUGGCUUGUGUUCUUGUCUCGUCUCUUGGGUUCCCUCCCAAGGAUGUCAGAAACGCCUUCUCGAUGCUCAUUGAGUCUGCAGACGACACUGCUCUAGACAACCCGGUGGUGGUUGAAGACCUUGCCAUGUUCUUGGCGAGAGCUGUGGUCGACGAGGUGUUGGCUCCACGGGACUUGGAAGAGCUGUUAAGCCAGACUCCCGAGCCAGGCUCCUCGACCGUUGGGGAGAAAGUGAUUCAGAUGGCGAAAACAUUGCUCAAGGCACGUCUCUCGGGCGAGAGGAUCUUACGUUGCUGGGGAGGAGGAGGGGUUGAAACAAACUCGCCUGGAUCCACGGUGAGCGAAGUGAAAGAGAAGAUCCAGGUUCUCUUGGAAGAGUACGUCUCUGGUGGAGACCUGAGAGAAGCUUGCAGGUGCGUGAAGGAGCUGGGGAUGCCGUUUUUCCACCACGAGGUUGUGAAGAAGUCAGUGGUGAGGAUCAUUGAGGAGAAGGAGAAGGAAGAGAGGCUAUGGAAGCUGCUAAAAGUGUGUUUUGAUUCGGGGCUGGUGACGAUUUAUCAGAUGACAAAAGGGUUUAAAAGAGUCAGUGAGUCGCUUGAGGACCUGUCUUUGGAUGUCCCUGACGCUGCGGAAAAGUUUGGUAGCUGCGUCGAAAGAGCCAAGCUUGAAGGGUUCUUGGACGAAUCGUUUGCCUUGGAGGAGACACAAGGUCAGAAAGAGAACGGCUCGCCUUCGUCUUGA